AUGUCCGCCUCGCUCUCUCCAGAGCAGUACAGCUCUCACCAGUCACAGAGCCCGGGGGACGGCUCCGAGGGCAAGAGCCCCGUGGGAUUAAACCUUGACUUUUUCAAAAACUUAAACGACAAGCGAUCCAACCGGGAUGGUAAAACACAAAAGCGUCGUGGCCCGAAGCCUGACAGCAAGCCAGCUCUCACGCGCCGACAAGAGCUUAAUCGCCAGGCCCAACGGACACAUCGCGAGCGUAAAGAACUAUACAUUAAAGCUCUGGAGGACGAGGUUCUUCGACUGAAAGAAAUCUACAGCUCCGUCACUCGCGACCGUGAAAAGCUCGCCGAGGAGAACCGCUUACUCAAGGACACCCUGUUGCGAAAUGGCCUUAACGUUCCAGGCGCAAGCAACGGACGCGACGACAAUAACAACAAUCCCAGCGCUGGCUCGACUGGCUUUGGCGGCUCGCAGGGCGGAUUCUCGCCAACGCAGGCACCAUCGCACGGAUCGGCUCCGUCUGCGGGAGGCAACUAUAGCAACCAAUCACAAUACCGAGGUAAUCAGUUCAGUUCAGCCUCGCCAGAAUAUCUCCCAGCGACCAAGAUGGACGUUGAGCAGGCCGGGAUCGACUUUGUUUUAGCCUUAGAGAAGCCUUGCAUGGCUCACUUGCCGUUCCUCAUGGACAGAGGAUCUGGACCGGAGGGAGAACCUUGUGGCCACGCCCUGAUGGCAACAUGCCCACCCGUUCCGUUCAAGGACAUACCCAAGUCGACGCCAUUUGCUGGCACAGAUGGCACGCCAAUCAAGCAGGAAGAGGCCCCGAGCCAGGGAACAUGGCAGGUCACCAAGGCUGAUCUAUCCACUCUAAUGGACCUAAGCAAACGUCUUGAUCUCGACGGCGAGAUAACACCCGUCAUGGCAUGGGGUAUGAUUAUGAGCCACCCGCAAUUUGCGGCGCUCUCGGCAGCUGAUGUCCAGCGCAUCGCCGAGGAACUCGGCCGUAAGGUCAGGUGCUACGGAUUUGGCGCCGUUAUGGAACAUUUCGAAUUGCGAGACGCUUUUGAGAGCGUGUGCUCCAACAGAAUGGAGCAAAUGGCGUACUAG